GAAUACAUAGACUUACAUGAUCAUGCAGGUAAUCUAUAGGAAGUAAGUUUUUACUUAUAUGCAGGAGCAACUGGUUGCUGUUCAUUUGUCUGGCAUAAUUGAUAUGGACUAUUUGAAAAAGUGUGAUGCAACAAAUUGUAAAGUUUUGGUAAGUUUUUUUUGCAUAUUCGAGUACUGAGAUGAACGAUCACUAAAUAAAUUACUGCAUGAUGACAAUUACUGACGUUACAUGAAAGCUAGUGUACCUGAGGGGGAAAAAGUUUUGUCAGCACUGUUUAUACUAUUAAGUAUUAAGUAACUGCCAAUCUAAAUUUGCCAUUCUGAGGUUAACCCUUAUGUUGCAUUCUGCCCUAACAUGCCCUACCUACUAUAUUUUUUUACUCUGUACGUCUGCAGAUUAUUUUACUCUUACACUGGACAAUAGUAUUUGUUAUGGGAAGAUUGCUGGAGCUCAAUGGGGGUUAAGGGUGAAAAAAAUUGGGUGAAUGCAAAUUUACUUAUUCUGCUGUAAUUAAUUCACAAUCAAUCAAUCAUCUAUACCGGACUGGUGACUAGCUACAUGACAUAAUUGUCUGCAGAUAUAAUUAUUUUGUACAAUUGCUCUUGAAAUAAUCUGCCUCAACUAGUCAGCAAAUGAUAAAUUUUGCGAUUGGCUAUAUCUACUGUAGAAUGUUGAAUACACAAUGGAACAACAGCUUUGCAGCUCGAAGCAUGUAACUAACCCUUUACAUGUACAGUAAGUAGUAAUGUGCCCCAAUGCACCCUUUAUAAAUAAUAUUAUAAUUGUACUCAAUGGGCUAAUCAAACUACAGUAUCUGCAUGCCCAUGAAACAUGUUAUUGUUAGUAACCCUUUAAGUGGCAGUGCUCCCUACUUUAUUAACUUACUCUGUCUAACACCAGAUUAUUUUACUUUGACUGUCUAAUGCCAGACAACUAACUUAAAUUGUCAAAGGGAGAGAGGUGCCACUCAAUGGGCUACAUUUGUAUAUCUGAGAUUGUGGGUUCAAUUCUACUGCAAACUCAUGACACUUACAAUAUAUCAUGUGAAAAGAGUCUGUCAAUACCCUACUGAAAGUCAAAAUGUUAACAGGGUGGGUUGCCCUAGCUACUGUAACUAAGAUCCUUCUGCCAUUAUCAUAGAAAAUUAAGCCUAUAAAUAUAACUUGAUCAGGUUGAACAAUGAACUGCAUGACCUUCACCAUUCAGUUGGGAUCUCAGCUACAAGUAUAAUGACGAUUACUUACACAUGACGUCUUACACUCUGAAAUUUGGGAAACUUACAGUACUUUCUGCUUCUUUCCAUUGUCUAGGGUAUUGAUACAGAUGAGCCUGCAAUGCAGAUAGAUAGGAUGAUUUUCAAUGGAAACUAUAGUGGUAAUGAAUGAAAACCUUGAAAACCAGUCUUCUAACUUUGUUUAACUGCAUGCACACAGAUUAUUUUUAUUGCCAAAAUAUGUGCAACAUAUGAGAGAAAUUAUGUGCACACAGCUGGGUUGGCUUGAAGUGUCAAAGAGGAUCCCACUUGACUGGCUGCCUCACAUGCAGGCAUUUACAUGUAUAGCCAGGCUGUCAUAUCCCACGUACUGUCCUAAUGGAAGCCCACUUUGCAAUCUGAUGUGUCCUACUUUAUUAUUUUACUCUGUCUAAUGCCACACAAUUUUAUUUGUCAAGGGGAGAGUGCUGCAGAUCGUAUAGUACAUAAUUUAUGAAGAAUUUCAGUUUUUAUUUCAUACCAUACUUUUUUAUGUUAUAGAAUCUAUUGGCACCAACAUUAUUUUUGAAGAACAGUGUAAGUAUGACUGGGCGGUACCUUUUCUGCAUUUUGUCUGUAUUUAAGAAACAAAAAAAUAGUUCUUAACCCUUUACUGUAAGUGCAUGGCAAUGCACCCUGAUGUGCCCUUCUUUUAUUUUACGAUCUGUCUAACGCCAGAUUAUUUUACUCUAACGCCAGACUAUUUUACUCGUGAAGCGGAGAGUUCUGGCAAUUUAAUGGAUUAAACAUCCUUUAUAUUUAUUUUCCUAUUAAUUCUAGCAACUGAAUUGGAGAAUGGUGAAGUUUCCAAAAACCUGAAAUACUUGUGCCAUACAACUAAGAACCUUGAUAUGACCCGAGUGUUUUUGAAGAACACCGAAGAUAACAAGAAUACAGAACUAGGUACUUCACGUCUAAAAAAUCUGAUUCCGUCUAAAAAAUCGGGUGUUGCACCGUGAUUCAGGUUCACUGCUUUAUUGUUUAGUGGUGCACUAAUAUCCAUAUUGCCAUAAUGAAUACCAGUGAUCAGCC